AUGGACGAACCGUCAAUCACGGCGCUCAAAGCAGCGUUCAUCCGGUCCCAGGUCCGUCACCUGGAAACGCCCCUGGAACCGUCGACUCAAUGGCGGGAUCUCCUCCUGCCCGAGCCCACAGAAGGUCAUCUCAGCGACAAAAUGAUCCAGGAUCUCGUUUCGAAAGUCAACGACAAAAUCAAACAGCACAACCGCCUCAUCUUCUCCACGCAGUCCCAGCGCCACGUCGCCGAGCAGAUCGAGUCGUUGCACUGGACGCUCGUGUCCGCGGACGACGCGGACCCCGACCUCGACACGGUCGCAAUCCGCAGGGACGCCGACCUCACCGACUCUGAAUUCAUCGCGUCUUUGCCGCAGGACUAUGACGGCGGCCUCCAUCUACACCCGGACCACAGACCCCGGGAGCGGGAAGGGCGAGAGGGACCAGGGGACGCGGAACGUGAAGAACGGUAUACCCGCAUGCGCGAAGAACUGCUGUCGCUCAGCCAGCAGAGGGAUGUAUUGAAAGGGAAACUUGCACAGUAUCGACGUUUGCAGCAGUUGAUGGAGCCGCUGCGCGAGCCGCAGGAGAACAUUCAGCCAAACCUGGUCACAAGAGACGGUGAAUUGAGCCAAGAAUUAGCCCGCAUGAGGGUUCUGCUGGCGAGAGUGACGGCACAAGUUGGUGAGAUGGGGAAAACGACGAGGCCUCACGAAGAGGGGCAGCCAAAUGCCGCACAGACAGAUCAACAGAAAUUGGCACGAGUCAUGGGAUGGGGCGAAGUCGGCUGA